AAAAUUAUCUUAAAAACGUAAACAUCCGGUGUCUCCAGCAACUGCUUGUUACAGUUGUUUUCAAUCUAAUGGAUUUAUCACAAUUUGCAGCUCACUUUAUCACUGUAAUCCAAAGACUCAUGGAAGAGCAUUUUUAAUCAAGGUUUACCCAACGUUUAAUAAUAGUGCACAUGUCCGGUACAAAGACCGGCGUGUUUGUGGUUGCUCGCCAGAUUAGGCGGACUUUGGACUUCAUGAGCUACAACAUGUCACUGCUGAAGUGCGGAGUGUUUUUUGCGUUAGGGAGUUUUUUGUCUUACUACCUGGGCCUCUCCUGUGCCCUGACCACCCUGAUUGUGUUUUUGGUUUACCUGGUGACAGGGGGAUGGCGCUUUACGUGGGUUGUAAUCAACACCUUCUCCAGAGAUAUGAAGGCUCUUCAAGUUUUGAUAAAACUCAGACUUGAUACAAAGAAAUAUAUUGCUAAUGAUACCACAAUAGCAGAACUGUUCUCUAAGACGGCAGCAAAAUACCCAAAUAAAGACUGCAUAUUGUUUGAGAAGCAAAGAUGGACAUUCAAGGAUGUGGAGAUUUAUGUGAAUCGAGUAGCCAAUUACUUCCAAGAGGAGGGAUACCAGAAGGGAGAUGUUGUAGCUUUAUUGAUGGAGAACCGUCCAGAAUAUAUCUGUUUCUGGCUUGGUCUGUCAAAAAUAGGAGUCGUAGCAGCACUGAUAAAUUAUAACCUUAGAAACCAGCCCCUGGCACACUCCAUUAUUGCAGCUGAAUCCAAGGGCAUUGUGUUCGCAGGGGAGAUGUCAGGUGCUUUGGAAGAAAUAAUGCAUAGUUUAUCAAGAGAUAUAAAGUUGUAUUGCAUAGGAAGUCUAGCUACCUCAGGACUUUCACCUAUUUAUAUAGAUCCAAUUCUAGAGAAAAGCCCAGAUUUUCCUCCCAGGAAAGUCAAAAUCAAGUUUACAGACAAACUUUUUUAUGUAUUUACAUCGGGAACAACAGGUCUUCCAAAGGCAGCCAUUAUUAGUCAUUCCAGGUUUAACUACAUGUCUGUGGCUGUGAACCAGUUUAUGAACCUCACUGAACAGGAUGUACUGUAUGAUUGUCUGCCGCUUUAUCACACUGCUGGGGGAGUGGUGGGUGUGGGUCAGAUGAUCACCGCAGGAACAGCUCUGGUUAUCAAGAGGAAAUUCUCUGCGAGCCGAUUUUGGGAUGACUGUGUUGAAUACAAGUGUACAGCAGGGCAGUACAUUGGAGAAAUAUGUCGGUACCUUUUGGCUCAGCCUGUAAAGCUAUCAGAGACACAGCACAAGGUCAGGGUCAUGUUUGGGAAUGGUCUGAAGCCACAAAUCUGGGGGGACUUUCAAAAGAGAUUUGGAGUUGCCCAGAUGGGAGAAUUCUAUGGGGCCACAGAAGGAAACUGCAAUACAAUUAACCCAGACAACACUGUCGGAGCUGUAGGCUUUACGACAAUGAUUGCACCCUUCUUGUACCCCAUCACACUGAUCAAAAUAGAUGAGAGAACAGGGGAGCAUGUCAGAGACAGGAAUGGCGUGUGUGUUAGGGCCAAACCAGGAGAACCUGGAGAAUUAGUGGGUAAAAUCGUGAAAGGUGACGCCCUGCGGGAAUUUGAUGGAUACGUCAAUAAACAAGCCACGGACAAGAAAGUGUGUCCUGAUGUAUUUAAAAAGGGAGACAUCGCAUUUCUAACAGGCGAUAUUCUGAUGAUGGAUGAGUUUGGCUAUUUCUAUUUCCGUGACAGAACGGGUGACACGUUCCGCUGGAAGGGUGAGAACGUGUCCACGUCCGAGGUGGAAGCUGUAAUUAGUAACAUUAUCAAACUGAACGAUGCCGUGGUUUACGGGGUGGAGGUCCCAGGAUUGGAAGGAAGAGCGGGAAUGGCAGCCAUUGUGGAUGAGCACAAUUUAUUAGAUCUGGAUCACCUCAACUCUUCUCUGCAAAAGUCACUGCCAGGUUAUGCUAGACCCUUGUUUAUCAGAAUCAAGAAAUCUGUCGAUACAACAGGUACUUUCAAAUUGAAGAAAGUGGAUUUGCGGAAGGAAGGCUUCAAUCCUAGUGUUGUAAAAGACCCUCUGUUUUGUUUGAUAUCAGGAAAAUAUGAACCCAUAACAGAACAAGUGUACCGUGACAUUUGCAGUGGGAAGGUCAGGCUCUAGUCAGUGCUUCUCUUUAUUGACAGAAUACACAGACAUUGGUAGUAUGUGUGUAAGAAUUUGAUACUCACAAUCAGGAAGUACUUUUAUUCAGUACAGAAACAAACUCUUGUGUUAUUAUACAUGUAUUUGAUGGAAUAAGAUACAUAUUAAUGAAAAAGUUUUGUGAAACAUUCAAUUUUGUCAGUAUUUAUCACUCCUAACAUCAAUCUUAAAGUAGACUUUUAAUUCAGAUAAAGAGGAGGAAAGAAAAUGAAGUGUCUGCUAUAUUUACAGUGUAUAAUGUCUAAUUGUGUGAGGAAUUUUCCCAUAUCUUAAGUGUUCCAUGUUAGGUUUGUUUCCUUCCUCAAUGUCUUUAAUGAAAGCCUCCACUAUAUCACAGAUUUAUUUCCUCAUCACAAUACAUGCAAUUGUUUUAAAAACAUUGAAAACCAAUGUCAAUUUUUACAAUGUUGUAGACAAAGAAGUAAACACUUAUAUGUGUUGGUAGAUGUUUUCUCUGCAAAAUUUUCAUUUGAGCCAUGUUAUUGGAGGGUAAAUUGAGAUAUUUUUAAAGGGACUGGUUCACGAUUUUUGAUAAAAAUAUUUUUCAUUUUUGAUGUUAAACAUUAGAAAUAUAACUCAUUUAAUGUUGACAGCCAAAAUUUUGACCUUCUGAAUGCAAGAAUGAAAGCAAUAUUUUAGCCUUAAAAAUGUGUUAUGUAAACAAAGACUCGAGUCUUUUUAUGUAAACAAACAAACAAGUGAAAUAUUGAUUUUGUAAUAUAAUGCAUCUUAAUUUUGCAUAGUCACUAAUUUUAACUUUUAGAUGACACAUUUCACCUCAAAAAUGCUUGAAAUAUGAAAGAUAUGAUAAUACUUUGAUUGAUAUCCAUUUCUUUUGAAAAUUUCGUAAACAAUAGCAUACUGCAAUCUUUGUUUACAAAACAAAUAAUAAACUCACUAGAAUGAGUUUCAGUGAUGAUGUAUAACCUUAAUUUUCAUGUGAAAUCUUUCAAACACAUUAGACAGUAGAUUUUGUUCAUUAAAAGGGAAAAACAAAAUUUUGGGUAAAAUCGUGAAUCAGUCCCUUUAAGUCACUGUUUAGUGAAGGGUUGUAAUGUGUGUAAUGAGUCAGUUGUGAGUGUGAUUGUUCAUUGGUGUAUUGACCUCAACAAGCAGAGAUGUUUGUAAUUUCAAAUAAACACUUUAACCUGA